CUGAGCCAGACACUACUUCCUCUCCGAUCGAUGACCAGCAGCAAACCCGAAACUGCUCCCUAGAGCUCAAAAAUCAUGUUCCGAUGAGCGUGGUUUAGUUUUGCUUGAUAAACGAACAAAAAAUUAGGAAGGGUGCAUAUAAUACAACAAGGGUAAAUAAAGAAUGCCAGCAAAAACUUCUGCAUGUCCCCAUGUGAAUGUAGUAGACAGCGUUACUUGGGAAGAGCUCAGACGCAAGCAACAGGGCCCUGUAAGUUGUUUUACCUGUAAGGUGAGCACAAGUAACCUGUGGCUGUGUUUGGUUGGGUCCUGUCAGUAUGUAGGCUGUGGAGAGUCCUACUCCGACCACAGCUCCGCUCACUCUGAUGAGUAUCAACAUUAUUUGACAAUCAACUUGACAACUCUACGAAUAUGGUGUUACAGAUGUGAAAGUGAGGUUUUUCCAUCAAGGAAUACACCAACCUUCAUCAUCCCAGAAAACUCUGCCAGUGUUCCGAUUAAAAAGGACUGUGAUAUGUUGGAGGAUGGAAUGAGUUCGUUACCUAGCAGUGGAUCACGGAGCAGAAAGCUGGGCUCAGACAGUUCUCCAUAUCGUAGUAUUUCAGCUGGUGAAGAAUCAGACUCUGAGGGUGAAGAUGAAAACAUGAAGCCUAGAGGAUUAACAGGACUACAGAAUUUGGGGAACACCUGUUACCUUAAUGCAGCUGUUCAAGCUUUAUCCAACUGUCCUCCACUAACCAGAUUUUUCCUGGACUGCUCAGCCUAUGUUAGACCAGAAAGAUCCCCCAUGUUGUCCAAGAACUACAUGAAGCUUGUGAAUGAAAUCUGGCACAAGAAGAGGCCCAGCUAUGUCAUUCCAAAUGGAGUUGUUACUGGCAUAAAAGUAGUUCAUCCAAUGUUCAGAGGAUAUUCUCAACAGGAUGCUCAGGAAUUCUUGAGAUGUUUUAUGGAUCAAAUCCAUGAAGAAUUAAAACAACCCCUGGUUACUGAUGAUGAUGACGAUGAAGAGACGAGUGGUGAUAAAACAGAAACAAAUCAUCACAGGCAGUUGUCGGGAGAUUCUAAUAGCAGUACCCAAUCAGAGGAGUGUUACGAGUCAUGUGAUUCUGGAAACAGUAGUGAAAAAAAUUUGACAGACUCAACUCUGCUGAACAAAGAAAAUCAAAAUCAGUGUCCAAACAGUAUAGUGUCAGGUGGGAAAACUUACAUUCAGGUGAAUAACAGUGACCAGGAUUCCGGGGCGGGGGAUAGCAUUGCCUCUAAAGACAGUGACACACAGAGCAACAAGAUGAUGAAACAAGGGGGCAGGGGUAAAGAUCCCUCGGAUGGGGGAAGGGGAGACACAGAGAAAAGUUCCAGCAGGACCCGGAAGUUCUCAGAAAAUGUGGACUCCAAAAAGUCUCAGUAUUCAUCUAAAGCAUCUCUUGGACCAAAGGGAAACAAGAAAAAUGUGCAAUACAGAAGUGUGAUAUCAGACAUAUUUGAUGGUAAAAUCUUGAGCUCAGUGCAGUGUUUGACCUGUGAAAGGAUUUCGACCACCAAGGAGACAUUCCAGGACCUGUCCCUGCCCAUCCCCACCAAGGACCACCUCCACAUGCUGCACGGACACAACACCUCCGCCCUUACUAAGGUGGGGGCGUGUGGCGAGGCCAAGCAGGGCUGGUUCAGCUGGAUGUUUGGAUGGAUGAGAAAUUGGUUCAUUGGUCCCACCAUCACGCUUCAGGAUUGUUUGGCAGCCUUCUUUUCAGCAGAUGAAUUAAAGGGGGACAACAUGUAUAGUUGUGAGAAAUGUAAAAAACUAAGAAAUGGAUUAAAGUUCUCCAGAGUUUUGGAAUUACCAGAGAUCCUGUGCAUUCAUCUGAAGAGAUUUCGACAUGAAUUCUACUCCUCCAAGAUCAGUUCUUAUGUAUCAUUUCCUCUGGAUAGCCUGGACAUGAAGAAGUAUUUACACAGAGAUUGUUCCUCCCAAGUGACUGUCUUUGACCUCCAUGCUGUUAUCUGUCACCAUGGGACUGCGGGGGGUGGACACUACACAGCCUACUGCCUGAACUACCUCAAUGACCAGUGGUACGAGUUUGAUGACCAGUACGUCACCGAGGUGGAAGUAGGUCAGGUCAUUAACUGUGAGGCCUACGUGCUCUUCUACAGGAAGAGAAAUGAUGACAUGGUACCACUGAGACAGAAAGCCAUGCAGCUGAUCGAGGCCAGGGAGCCAAGUUUGAUGGAGUUUUUCAUCUCCAAGCAGUGGAUCAAUAAAUUCAACACUUUUGCUGAACCAGGGCCUAUUAGCAAUGAUGACUUUCUAUGUAAACAUGGGGGAGUGCCACCCCAUAAAAUCAACCAUGUGGAUGACCUUGUCAUUGCUUUUAACCAAUCUCUCUGGGAGUUUCUCCACCAAAGAUUUGGAGGAGGUCCUGUCUGUAACCAUUUAAUUCCAUGUACAACUUGUCAGGAAGAGCUGGAAAAGCUACAGUUCCGGCAGAAAUCAGAAAUGGACCAGUUCAUCCAGCUGAAUGAUAAAUUCCAUGAAGAUGAUGGUCCCUCAGUCAUCUAUGCUAUCAGCAUGGCUUGGUUUAAGGACUGGGAAAAUUUUGUUCGAGGAAAGUCUGACACGCCUCCUGGUCCAAUUGAAAAUCAGAGAAUAUCGUACACUAAAGGAGGACAGACUUACCUCAAAACUAACUCGGAUCAUGGACAGCUAACUGCAGAGACUUGGAAAUUCCUUCAUAAGAUAUAUGGUGGAGGUCCAGAGCUGUUCAUCAAACAGAAUCGGGGGAACCUAGGGGGUCAGUCUCCUCCAGUGACCCACAAGUCCUCCUCGUCGUCCGCCCUGGGGAAGAGCGGUGGGUACAGAGGGAGCUCACAAAGUGACGUUGAGAGAGAAGCUGAUCGGCCAUCAAAGCAAGAAGUGAGAGAGGAAGAAAACAUGGAGGUGAAUGAUCGUACGAAAGGUCAGGAAGAGGCUGCGCCAUCUUUGGAACAAGACAGUGAGGGAGGUGAACAGAACACUGAGGUUGAACAGACCAGAGAGGUUGAACAGAACACCGAGGUUGAACAGACCAGAGAGGUUGAACAGAACACCGAGGUUGAACAGACCAGAGAGGUUGAACAGAACAUAGAAACGGAGAGUGAACAGAUCAAAGACAGGAAGAUAACCCAGGAUAGUCAAUCAGCUGAUACCCACAAUUCCACAGAGCAUCAGAAAAUUGACUAAUUUAUCAAUUUUUCCACUUAUACCUUUCAUUUUGUUACUCAGAGUCCCUCUGUAUCAGAUGAUUUAACAUUAGAUGGAUUGAUUUCCUUAAAGUGUGUUUUUGUUCCCUGUUUUGGCCCUUCUUUCCAUGACUAGAGGUUUGGCCCAUGGAUUACAGGGAGUGUGUGCCAUUUAUGUCUCCCUUUGUACAGACAUGUCAUGUUUAUACUGUUACAUGUGACUAAUUUAUUGGGGUUUGUCUCUUUAUUAAAUAUUUAUUCUUGUCUGUUGUCAACAUACUGGGUUGUGUUGAACUUUACAUUAUUCACAGCUAGUAAUAAUUUAAGAAUUACUAAAAUGUCCAACAUCUGUUUUUAUUACAAAAAUAAUAUCAAUAUGUAUUACAAGUUACAAUGUAAAUUUUGAUUUUCUUUCUUUUGGAAAUUUUGAUUGAUCCUUUGAAAAGGCUGAAGAAUUUACUGCAUUUAAUCACCAUUGAUAUCUUGGGACCAUAGAUAAUUUACUAUCUGUUCAUUUAUUGAUUUAGUUCCAUGUAACAAACAUAAAUAGUUAAACUUCACCAAACUCUUCUUAUAGGUAAAAAAGACAUUAUAAUUGUCCCUGUCUAUGUAGCUUCGGAUCAUUAAGACUUAUGAAAAAAUAUGAAUUACAAAUCGUGUUAACAUUCGUAUGGAAAAGAAAUGGUAGGUUUUAUCUGAUUUUGAGGUUUAUUAUUUGGGAUUUCUGUUAACACUGACAGCCAGUGUUACACCUACAUACAUGUACAUGAGAUAAAAUGGUCAACUGAAUAUGCUGUCUGAUAUGUUUAUUAUGAACAACAACACCAGUAAAAAUAAUUGUACUUGAUGGCAAGAUGCUGAAUUUUGGUGGGAAAUGGGUAACAGGAGGUGUCUUUACAGAAGGCAAGAUGUAAAUGAACAAAUAUAAGCCAUAACAAUGUGAAUAUACAGCAUGUAAUCAUUUAAAUAAUAUGAAUAACUUAAUAACCACUCAACCAAAAAGAUGCAUACAUCACAUCAACUUUCAUAAUGAGAGUUAUUAUAUACCUAUUUUACAAGGCAUAUUAUCAUAUAUAUGUUUCUGAACUACAAUCAUCAAUUUACAAGCAUCAGUAACUCGCGCGGGCACACACAAAAUGAUGACUAUAGUAGCACAUGGUCUGAAGACUUCAGUGAACUUCAGUGACCGUCAUGUUUUAAGUGACUAUUGUUAAUGCACUGAAGGUUUUCAGCAGACAAAAUAUUACACCAGGCUUAGAUGAGACAGAAUAUCACACCAGGCUGAGAUGAGCUGCUCGAGGUCCCUGAGACUGCUUUAUCCCUCCCACGGCGGGUCUAACCCUCCCACGACAGGUCCACGUUUUCAUACGGUCCCCCACUGUGGAGGUAGUUCUGGACAACUUGGUAGCAGUACUGGUACUCCUC